UUGACCUCAGGUGAUCUGCCCACCUCGACCUCCUGAAGUGCUAGGAUUACAGGUGUGAGCCACUGAACCCAGCUUCCUGUUCUGUAUUUAUUGGAAUUAAGUCACUAAAUUCAGUUCACAUUCAAGGUGGAAAGAAUUAAGAUCUACCUCCUGGAAACAGGCAUAUCUAAAUAUAUUACUUGGAUUUUUUUUGUAAAGGAGUAUCUGUAAUAAUUAUUUCUUUCUAUCUCAUUGUUAUUGUUUAAUCAUUUAUUUAUGUCAGUAUUGACUCAGGGAUAUUUGUUUUAUUCUUUGGUUUAUAAUCCAGUUCUAUCUUAAUUUUUUUUGCUCAAAUUGUUUUAACUUUGGUCACUGGGAGCUCUUCAGGUUGGUUCCUGGAUCCAUUUGACAUGUCUCACCCCUUCUUCUCUUUCUUUUCUUGAUCACUUUCUUACCUUCUCUCACUACCAGGUUCUCCAGACUCAUCUGGCAUUUUCCUACUUUAGCCCUAAAACCAUCCAUUUCUCUAAGGAAGCUGGGUUCCUUUUAUUGAUGAAUUAUAUUUAGAAACCAAGGUAUGGGCCCUAGAUGGCUUCCUUGCUAUAUGGUGUCACUGCUUCUAGAUUCUCUCAGUUGACAGCCCUUGGAAAUAUGUCUGUGUAUACUAACCAAUGUAUUUGUACAUGUGUAAUAUUUCUGUAUCUGGCUGUCCACAUAUGUUAAAAUAUUAAUAUAUUAAAUAAAUAAAAUAUUAAUAUCUUAAUAAUUUAUUAAUUUUAAGUAAUAUUUUCUAUAUAUUAAGAUAAAUGAGUUUAUACUGGCAUCACAAACUCUCAUCCAGCACCACAAGUUUCAUUCUAGCCUUUUCUUUUGCUUAUAUGUAAUUUCUGUCUUUACCAUCAAGAAACCUCAUUCCCUUUCUGUAAUUUAUGUGUUCAAACUGAGUAUACAUGCAAAUUAGUCUCAGAAUUGUUAAUACCUAUCGCCACAAGAAACAGAUUUACCCACUAGACUGCUAUGUUUAUUUAUAGUUCUUUGUGUCUUUAGCCUAACGGUAUCCAGUUAAGAUAUCAUUUUCCAGAGUAACUUAGACCAGCUCCAUUCUUCCUCAUCACCUUCAGGAAUGUUAUUUAUGUUGUUUUUAAUCAUUAAUUAUUAUUAAAAUUAUAGUGCUGCAUAAAAUAAAGAUAUAGUACAUGAUAAGCUGUUUAUGAAAUAUUAUCAGAAAAAUAUAAAGACGAGUAACUUUUUACAAUUUUCAUUUUUUUUUCUGCUUAUCUGUUUAAUCUUGGCUACCUUAUCAUAACUAAGGAAAUAGUAUGCUAAAGUCUAUGGAUGAGGAAAAGUACAUAUUUUUAAUUAAUAGAAAGUCGUUUCGUAAUUCAGCUAGGGAACUUUGUUUUGCUUUAUAGUCCUGUACUUUGAAACAUCUCAUAGUUCUCAUGCUAAAUGUUCGUUAAAAAUAAACAUUAAAAGUUCAUUUUUAAUGAACUUUUUUUGAUGGAUUUUUUAAUGUUUAAUAAUUAACUAAAUACAAAGUUAUAUCCAUAUCAUAUUUUGACUUUAUAUGAUGUAAAUAUGUUGAAGAAUUCAAACAUUGAAUUCUUCAAUGUAUGGACUUUGGAUUCAGCAAUAUAAAGGGGCGAACUUUGAUUCUGACCCCUAAAUAGACUAUUUUGUUCAAUAUUCAGCUCCCUGAGCCUUAACUUUCUUAUCUGUAAGAUGGGCAUAAUAGCACCUACCUCAUAUGAAUUAAAAGCUAUAAUAUACCAGAAGAUUCUAGCAUGAAUCUUACACACAGUACAUUCUCUCUAUACAUUAGUUUUUACCUUUUUUAUCAUCCCAUAAUCCCCUCUCAUCCUUUCAUUUGAAUUUUGUUGCUGUCUCGUCUUUAAUCAUCAGGCUAAUUCAAGUUUGUCACAGUGGAGAAUAGCACAGAAGUCACCGAGUUUAUCCUCUUGGUAUUAACAGAUGACCCCAAUCUUCAGAUAUCCCUCCUCCUGGCAUUUUUAUUCAUCUGCCUCAUCACGAUGCGGGGAAUGAUGGUGAUCAUCCACGCAGACUCCCAUCUCCACACUCCAAUGUACUUCUUCCUCAGUAACCUCUCCUUUGUAGACUUGGGUUACUCAUCAGCUGUAGCCCCCAAAACAAUGGAUGCAUUGCAGUCAGGGGACAAGGUCAUCUCCUACAAUGGAUGUGCAGCUCAGUUCUUCUUCUUUGUGGGGUUUGCCACUGUUGAGUGCUACCUUCUGGCCUCCAUGGCCUAUGACCGCCAUGCAGUGGUAUGUAGGCCCCUUCAUUACACCACCACCAUGACAGCAGGUGUGUGUGCCCUCCUUGCUAUUGGUUCCUAUGUCUCUGGCUUCCUCAAUGCCUCUAUCCAUGCAGCAGGCACCUUCAGACUCUCCUGUGGUUCUAAUGAGAUUAAUUAUUUCUUCUGUGACAUUCCUCCACUCUUGUCUCUGUCAUGCUCCAACACACGCAUCAGCAAGUUGGUGGUCUUCUUUGUGGUUGGCCUCAAUGUCUUCUUCACCCUCCUGGUCAUCCUCGUUUCUUACUUCUUCAUAUGUGUCACCAUUCAAAGGAUGCGUUCUGCUGAAGGGCGGAAGAAAGGCUUCUCCACCUCUGCUUCCCACCUCACUGCUGUGUCCAUCUUCUAUGGCACAAUCAUCUUCAUGUACUUACAGCCCAACUCCAGCCAGUCCAUGAACACAGACAAAAUAGCCUCUGUGUGUUUUACACAGUGGUGAUUCCCAUGCUGAAUCCCUUGAUCUACAGCCUUAGGAACAAAGAAGCGAAAAGUGCUCUCUGGAAAAUACUCAACAAACUUUACCCCCAAUAUUAAAUGUGAGUGGGAAGUAGGCAAGCAAUUAAGGGAUAAACUUUCUCUCACCCCUAAAGGCCAUCAUGACUUUUAAGGUUUGGCUGGUUUCAGUUCUUUUUUCCCCAAGAACAGUGGUUACUUCUGCUAUCAGGAGAAGAUGUAAAAAGCAGCACAUUGAAAAGUCUUACUCACAAAGAUAAUCUUGUAUUUAGUGAACAGCAACAUGAGACAGUUAAGCCUUUCUUGAUUUAGUUUUUUGAUGUGGAUCAAAGCAGAAGAUGGAAGCAUACAACUGAAUGUGCUGAAUUUUCCUAACCAAAUUUUUAACUGUAAGAAUUUUUCAUUCACUAUUAAACUUGGUAUAGAGAUCCCACUUUCAUUUAUAAUAUUUAUCAACAUGCAGUAUUGUUUUUUAUUUCUUUGUUCUGUGAGUUUGAAAGUUGGACUUUAUAAUGUGGACAAAGGAUGUUUCAAUACUUUAAAUGAUAUUUCAGAGAAAGUUGUAACUUAAAGGACAGGGCACUAAAUCAAGAGUCAGGUGGCUGAAGAUUAAAUCCUUCCAAUCUCAUACUCUCCCUUCCCUACCCAUAUUCCUGCCCUUACUCACUGGUCAUGUGCCUUUGCAAUUGCCAUUCCAUUUUGCUAAGGUGUUGGGGAAACAAUAAACUUUGUUGUAUACAGACAUAUGGAAACAUUUUAAUAGAUGAAUGACUUAAACUUUAACAUUUAUUCGGAGAGCCUGCACUAUCUUCUGUGUUUCUUGUUUCUAACAUAAUUACCAAGACUUCCAGUAGGUUUAGAGAAAAAAAUGUAUUUUCCCUAGAACUAUGAAAAAAUAUAUUUGUCUUCUGAAUUAAAUGCUUGCAUUUCUUAGCACCCUUAAGUUUGGUGAUUUUAAUGAACUUUUAACCUGAGAACUAUGAGCCAAAUGUAAAUAAAUCACAGUAAUUACCAUUUCACCAUCCUCUUAACUAACCAUUUCAAACUGAUUUUUUUUCUACUUCAUAUAUUUCUCUUCAUGUACAGCAGUCUUUUUGAAGGCAAAUAAAAUCUUGGACACAAAAUAUAAACUCUGGUAUAUUAUUAAAUAUAGCACCAAUGUGGGAAGCAGCUCUAUCCUUUCUUUAGCUGUGUAGUACUUUUACUUAAAAAAAAAAACUCUUUUAUUUGGCUGAAGAUAGGGCAAGGAAAAAACAAAGAAAUUAUUUUGCUGUUAUGCUAAAACAUUUUAAAGCAAAUUUUGCUGAAGUUGCAUUUCAGAAUUUACUGACUGAUUGUUAGGAGGACAACUUCCUUGUAUGUUUCUUACUUUUAAUAGUAACUCUUUUUUUUCCCUCCAGACGGAGUCUCUCUCUGUCUCCCAGGCUGGAGUGCAGUGAUGCGAUUUCGGCUUACUGCAACCUCUGCCUCCCAGAUUCAAA